AUGGGCGCAGUCGAGCGGAAACCGCGCGGCGCCAUCGACAGCGGAAGAUGCGGUGCAGGCGGAACUUGCGGCGACGCCGGGACUGCUGGAGCCGAUGCGCAUCGAGCUGAUACCCGAGGGCUGGUGGAGCCAAUGCGCGUCGAGCUGAUACCCGAGGAGGGGAAAGUGGACAGCUACCGCAUAGCAGCGGGCAUGAAAUCCCGGCACCCCCCAGGCGUGAUCUACGGGCUCCUGCGCGACUUCAAGCGCGGCCCCGCUAUCUUCCGCCACAUGGACAAGUGCUCCUCCGUGCCGCAGCCCGACGGAAGCUUACUCGUCGUGCAGAACGUCAAGUGGCGGUUCCAGCUGUUCUCGGGGAAAUUCGACCUGGCGCUCUAUUGCCACUGCGACGACGCGACGCGCACUAUCACGUACCGACUGGCAUCUCCUGGAUUCAUGAAAGAUUUUGUCGGCACAUCAACCAUCCGCAGCCUUUCCCUCCCUCACGCCCCACCAUCCUCCUCCUCCUCCCUGCCUCUCACCGUUCCCGGCACACGCGCUAUCAGCCGCCCCCAGCCUCUGCUACAGCCAGAGCUACAGCCCCAUGCACCUCAGCCUAAGUCCUUGCAUCCGGCGCUACAGAUGAAGCCGCUACAGCCGCGCCUCCCGCUACAGCAGCGGCUGCUACAGCUUCAGCAGGCGAUUCCCCUCGGCCGCUUCCCUGCUCAGCUGCUGGCGUUCGGCCGAGUGGCUGUGGGCGAGCCUCGGAUCGAAGGCGAGGGGGUAGGAGGGGGGAUUAUGGGUGGAUGGCCAAGGAUGGGUGAUGGAGCUGCUGGUGCUGUGCCCAUGGUUGCGGCAGCAGGAGCAGUAGGAGCACCAGUAGCAGCAGGAGCAGGAACAGGAGGAGCAGUAGGGAGCAUGGGAGGAGGAGCUAAAAUAGGAGGGGUCGUUCAGUGGAAGGGUGGCGUGUCUGCAGGUGGUGCUUCGGAGCUGGUGAAAUGUGGACCGUCGGAUUGUGGGUCGGAGAUCGAGAUCGUCCAGAGGGUCGAACCAUCCAACUUGCCGCUUGGUCCUUUGACACCUCCUCCCCCGCCUCCCCCCACGUCCGAUCCCCCGUUGCCCCCUCCCCCGCCCUUCCCACCCGCGCAUUCCGCGCUUCCGCCUCCCCCGCCUCCCCCAUCCGGCUCGGGGACUCUCGCACUUCCGCCACCCCCUUCCGGCCCGCAUCCUCCGUCGGCGGAGAAGGGCCGGCAUGCAGGGGGGGAUGGGCGGAGAGACAAGCGCGGAGCUGGCGGGGAUGCUGUUGGGGGAAGCGGCGCAGCAGGCGCAGCAGCAGGGGGGGCUAAGGACGAGAACCGGUUGAAACGGCCGUCGACGUUCCUGUGUAGAGUGAGGUUCACUAAUACCCUGCCCGAGCCAGCAUCACAGCCGAAGCUGCUGCCUCUGGGGGGGGACCCACACCGCUACUCGGCCUACCACGUGUCGACUCUAGAGGCGGACCACCGGCAUCGCCUGCACGUGGAGCCGGAUUUAGGGAUCCCAUUGGACCUGCUCGACCUAUCCGCCUACUGCGCCCCGCCCCCCUCUCAGCGCCCACCACUCCACCCGGCAGACGCGGAACUCCUGAGGGACGAUGAUGCGAGUGUGAAGCACAGGGAGGGCGCGGGGGCAGCAGCAGGGGGGGCGGGUGCGUUGCGAGUGAAGGAGAGACCUACUGAUGCUGGGCUGAGCUGGCUCGUGCACACUCAGUACAUCUCCGCUGCUGGCUCUGGCAGUGCUCCCAAGAAGAGGGUGCUUAAUGAGAAGGAGGCGAAGCUGCUGGCGCUGCAGCUGGAGUUGGCAGAUGAGCAGAUGUACAGUACAAGGGAGGGGCAGAUCCGGUACAUCGAGGAAUCUUUUCAGGCUGCCCGGAAGCCGCCCGUGCACCCGUCAAACCCGAGCCUGGAGGCAGUGGAGGUGUUGCCGGUGCUGCCGCUGUUCUCCCUGGCGGGCCGCCAGUUUGUGCACCUCGUGUUUGACGACACGCCUCUUGCGGAUUCGCCUGCACACAUGCACUUGAAGGAGGAGCAGAAGAAAGAAAUGGAGGCGCGGGCGAUCAUGAAGAAUUUCAAGGUGGCAGCACCGGGGGGAGGGGAGCCACAGUCGUUUGUGGCCUACAUGGUUCCCAACAAGCGCGAGCUGGGGAGGAAGCUGAGGGAAGGGGAGAGUGCUCGGUAUGACUGGGUGCGAGAAUACCACUGGAAGGUGGCCAAGGGGGAGCAAGGUCGAGGAACCUUCCUCUUCUGUUUCAACAAGGACAGUGUGAAUUACCUCCCAAUCAACACGAAGCUCACAGUGGCAAAGAGAAAGGCCAAGGAGGGAGGCAAGGCGAAGGGCGAGGAGGGAGAGAGAGUGGAGUUGCCCGUUCCCUCCAAGAUCACAGUACGGAACCGAUCAGGGGAAGACGCAGAGGAGGAUGACGAGAGAUGCUUUUUGAGAAUUCUCUUAAGUGUCUUGCACGUAUGUUCCCUUCUCUGCACACUUGCUGCUCCCUCCCUUCCACCAGAUCACACCUCUGCUUCUGCUGUCGACCUCCUUGGUAUUGAGAAGGUCGGGACUGCGUCGGCUUCGAGCGGGCGCCGCAGCGGCAAGGGCAAAGGGGGCAAGGGAGGCGGAGGUGACGACGGGGGAGGCGGUGGUGGGGGUGGUGGCGGCGGUGGGGGUGGUGGUGGGGCUGGGGGGACCAGUGGCAGCGGUGGGGGUGGUGGCGGCAGCGGCGGGGGAGGUGGCAGGGGCGGGGGCGGUGGUGGGGGCGGCGGUGGACGCGGCGGCGGCAGGGGAGGGGGUGGUCGAGGAGGUGGCGGCGGCGGUGGUGGUCGUGGAGGCACUGGCGGUGGCCAGAGCCUGCAGCACACUCCGUAG